AUCUUGUGGGCAGUUUCAGUGCAGUUGUUACUUUAUUGAAGAGUAAAGCAAGAUACGUAACAAAAUGAAAAUAUUUCUGUGCAUUGUUUUAGUUGCAAUCAUUGGAGUUACGGCUAAACCAAGAAUUGUGGGUGGCGAUGAAGCCAAACCUCAUGAGUUUCCAUACUUAGUUUCGCUGCAGUGGGGGGAUGAGCCUGAGAUUAAACACUUCUGUGCUGGAUCGCUUCUCAAUGAAACAUGGGUUCUGACUGCUGCUCACUGCACUUUUUACUUCAGUGAAGUUACUUAUAUUGUAGCAGGAGCUCACAGCAUUGAAAAUCCCGAUGAGUUUGAGCAAAAGAGAAGUCCAUUGAGAGUAAUUGUCCAUGAAAAGUACACGGGAGAAGUGAGACCUUAUGAUAUUGCUCUGAUUGAAGUCAGUGAGCCUUUCGAGUUUAAUGAACAUGUGAAGGCGAUUAAUUUGCCUCCUGCCAAGCCAUGGUAUCCAUCUGGAGUCGGGAAAGUGGCUGGCUGGGGUUCUAUAGGUAAUAAUGUGUAUCCGGACAUUCUGCGCAGAGUUGAUCUUCCAAUAGUGGAGAAGAAAAUAUGCUUCAGUAAAUACCCGCACUCAAAUAUGCACAAUACAAAUAUUUGUGCUGGAGCUCUGCAGGAUACCAAGGACAUCUGCAGGGGUGACUCGGGAGGUCCACUUGUGCAGGAAAACCCAGAUGGGGAAGAUGAAGCACUCGGAAUCGCCAGCUGGACUUGGUUGCCUUGUGGAUCUUUAGGAAAAACGGGAGUAUUCGUGAAUGUUUCACAUUUUGUGACGUGGAUAUAUGAGAAAAUAAAUGGUGAAUAAAAUUAG